AUGUCGACCUCCGCCACCGACCGCUUCAACGCCGAAGCCGCCGCCUGGGACACUAACCCCGUCACCGUCCGCAGCAGCGAACUCGCCUACGAAGCCCUACUCCGCCACGUCCCAGAGCUCACCCACCCCCAAUCCCCAACCACCCUCGACAUCCUCGAAAUCGGCUGCGGCACCGGCCUCCUCUCGUCGCACCUCUCCCCGCACUGCCGCAGCCUCCUCGGCGCCGACCUGUCCAGCGGCAUGGUCGCCGCGUUCAACGCCAAGGUCGCCGCCAGCGCCGCCGCCGCCGCCGCCAUGACCAACGCCUCGCAGCGGCCCCCGCUGUCCAACCUGGCCGCGGUCGAGACGCUGCUCGAGCGCGCGGACCAGCCGGACGUGCAGCGCGCGGCGGGCGCGCUGCUGCGGCGCGUCUGCGGACGUGGUGGGGACGAUGAGCCGGGGGGACCCCGCGCGCCGGCGCCGGUGCGGUGGGGCGUCGUCGUGGCGCAUCUGACGCUGCAUCACAUUCCGCGGUUGGGGCCGUUUUUGGCGACGUGUUUGGGGUGUUUGAAGGAGGGGGGCUGUGUGGCGUUUACGGAUUUUGCGGACGUGGGGCCCGAGAGCGUGCUGUUUCAUCCGAGGGAGAAGAGGGAGGGGGUGGAGAGGCAUGGGAUUGAGAGGGGGGAGAUGGAGCGGUUGGUGCGGGGGGCGGGGUUCGUGGAUGUGGUUGUGGAGGAGGCGUUUGUGAUGGAGAAGGAGGUGGAUCCGAGUGAGGAGGAGGCGGGGGGUAGGACGGUUGUUGGGUUUCCGUUUUUGGUGGUCGUGGGGAGGAAGCCUUGA